AAGGGUGUCCGGCGACUUGGGCCAAAAGUAACACCAGGUGUCUUCACCUGAUUCAGGCGCCCGCCUGGGGUAGGGGACGCUAGCACCAGCAGGGUAGGCCACGGGUGGUACUCUCAGGUCAGACCCAACCAGGCACACUCCUGUCGGCAGGGUGAGAGGCUGAGGCUGCGCGGCAGUUCCCUGUCUCCUUGUUCCUAGUUUCUUCUGGACCUACGCCCACCGUUUCUUCUGCGUCUGUCUGGCUCGCGUGUUUCUUUUUGCCUGUGUCCCGCCGGGUCAGGCUCUCCCCGUCUCUGAGACUUUCCCGUCCCCGUGUCCUCCGCGGCCGUCUCUCUCCAACUCUCUCUCUCCUUCUCAGCCACUUCCUGUCUCCAGUAUGUGCCUGGCUCGGCCCCGCUGGCCGUCUGCGCACCCUCUUUCCCCUCGCCUCUUUCCUAAGAAAGCUGAGCCUCAUAGCUUCCGGGAGAAGGUUUUCCGGAAGAAACCUCCAGUCUGUGCAGUAUGUAAGGUGACCAUCGAUGGGACAGGCGUUUCGUGCAGAGUCUGCAAGGUGGCGACGCACAGAAAAUGUGAAGCAAAGGUGACUUCAGCCUGUCAGGCCUUGCCUCCCGCGGAGUUGCGGCGAAACACGGCCCCAGUCAGGCGCAUAGAGCACCUGGGAUCCACCAAAUCUCUGAACCACUCAAAGCAGCGCAGCACUCUGCCCAGGAGCUUCAGCCUGGAUCCGCUCAUGGAGCGGCGCUGGGACUUAGACCUCACCUACGUGACGGAGCGCAUCUUGGCCGCCGCCUUCCCCGCGCGGCCCGAUGAACAGCGGCACCGGGGCCACCUGCGCGAGCUGGCCCACGUGCUGCAAUCCAAGCACCGGGACAAGUACCUGCUCUUCAACCUUUCAGAGAAAAGGCAUGACCUGACCCGCUUAAACCCCAAGGUUCAAGACUUCGGCUGGCCUGAGCUGCAUGCUCCACCCCUGGACAAGCUGUGCUCCAUCUGCAAAGCCAUGGAGACAUGGCUCAGUGCUGACCCACAGCACGUGGUCGUACUAUACUGCAAGGGAAGCAAGGGCAAGCUCGGGGUCAUCGUUUCUGCCUACAUGCACUACAGCAAGAUCUCUGCAGGGGCUGACCAGGCACUGGCUACUCUUACCAUGCGGAAAUUCUGCGAGGACAAGGUGGCCACAGAACUGCAGCCCUCCCAGCGUCGAUACAUCAGCUACUUCAGUGGGCUGCUGUCCGGCUCCAUCAGAAUGAACAGCAGCCCUCUCUUCCUGCACUAUGUGCUCAUCCCCACGCUGCCAGCCUUUGAACCCGGCACAGGCUUCCAGCCCUUCCUUAAAAUCUACCAGUCCAUGCAGCUCGUCUACACGUCUGGAGUCUAUCACAUUGCAGGCCCUGGUCCCCAGCAGCUUUGCAUCAGCCUGGAGCCAGCCCUCCUCCUCAAAGGCGAUGUCAUGGUAACAUGCUAUCACAAGGGUGGCCGGGGCACAGACCGGACCCUGGUGUUCCGAGUCCAGUUUCACACCUGCACCAUCCACGGACCACAGCUUACUUUCCCUAAGGACCAGCUGGACGAGGCCUGGACUGAUGAGAGGUUCCCCUUUCAAGCCUCCGUGGAGUUUGUCUUCUCCUCCAGCCCCGAGAAGAUCAAAGGCAGCACUCCACGGAAUGACCCCUCGGUCUCUGUCGACUACAACACCGCUGAGCCGGCUGUGCGCUGGGACUCCUAUGAGAACUUCAACCAGCACCACGAGGACAGUGUGGAUGGCUCCCUGACCCACACCCGGGGUCCCCUGGAUGGCAGUCCUUAUGCCCAGGUGCAGCGGCCCCCCCGGCAGACCCCCCCGGCACCCUCUCCAGAGCCUCCACCACCCCCCAUGCUCUCUGUCAGCAGCGACUCGGGCCAUUCCUCCACGCUGACCACAGAGCCGGCUGCUGAGUCCCCUGGCCGGCCGCCCCCUACGGCUGCUGAACGGCAGGAGUUGGAUCGCCUCCUAGGAGGCUGUGGAGUGGCCAGUGGGGGCCGGGGGGCUGGGCGAGAGACGGCCAUCCUAGAUGACGAAGAGCAGCCCACUGUGGGCGGAGGCCCCCACCUCGGAGUGUAUCCAGGCCACAGGCCUGGCCUCAGCCGCCACUGCUCCUGCCGCCAGGGCUACCGGGAGUCCUGCGGGGUCCCCAAUGGGGGUUACUACCGGCCAGAGGGAACCCUGGAGAGGAGGCGACUGGCCUAUGGGGGCUAUGAGGGAUCCCCCCAGGGCUACGCUGAGGCCUCGAUGGAGAAGAGGCGCCUCUGCCGAUCGCUGUCAGAGGGGCCAUACCCCUGCCCACCUGAGAUGGGGAAACCAGCCACUGGGGACUUUGGCUACCGCGCCCCAGGCUACCGGGAGGUGGUCAUCCUGGAGGACCCUGGGCUGCCUGCCCUAUACCCAUGCCCAGCCUGCGAGGAGAAGCUGGCGCUGCCUACAGCAGCCUUGUAUGGACUGCGGCUGGAGAGGGAGGCUGGAGAAGGGUGGGCAACUGAGGCUGGCAAGCCUCUCCUGCACUCAGUGCGGCCUGGGCACCCGCUGCCUCUGCUCUUGCCUGCCUGUGGGCAUCACCAUGCCCCGAUGCCUGACUACAGCUGCCUGAAGUCACCCAAGGCAGGCGAGGAAGGGCACGAGGGCUGCUCCUACACUAUGUGCCCCGAAGGCAGGUAUGGGCAUCCAGGGUACCCUGCCCUGGUGACAUACAGCUAUGGAGGAGCAGUUCCCAGUUACUGCCCAGCAUAUGGCCGCGUGCCUCAUAGCUGUGGCUCUCCAGGAGAGGGCAGAGGGUAUCCCAGCCCUGGUGUCCACUCCCCACGGGCUGGCUCCAUUUCCCCGGGCAGCCCGCCCUAUCCACAAUCUAGGAAGCUGAGCUACGAGAUCCCUACGGAGGAGGGAGGGAACAGGUACCCAUUGCCUGGGCACCUGGCCUCAGCAGGACCCUUGGCAUCUGCAGAGUCGCUGGAGCCGGUGUCCUGGAGGGAGGGCCCCAGUGGGCACAGCACACUGCCUCGGUCUCCCCGAGAUGCCCCAGGCAGUGCUUCGUCAGAGUUGUCUGGUCCCUCCACGCCCCUGCAUACCAGCAGCCCAGUCCAGGGCAAGGAAAGCACCCGGCGACAGGACACCAGGUCCCCCACCUCAGCGCCCACUCAGAGACUGAGUCCUGGCGAGGCCUUGCCCCCUGUUUCCCAGGCAGGCACCGGAAAGGCCCCUGAGCUGCCUUCGGGAAGUGGGCCUGAGCCUCCGGCCCCUAGCCCCGUCUCUCCGACCUUUCCUCCCAGCUCGCCCAGUGACUGGCCUCAGGAAAGGAGUCCAGGGGGCCUCUCAGACGGCGCCAGUCCUCGGAGCCCUGUGCCUACCACACUUCCUGGCCUCCGCCACGCCCCCUGGCAAGGCCCUCGAGGCCCCCCAGACAGCCCAGAUGGGUCUCCCCUCACUCCUGUGCCUUCCCAGAUGCCCUGGCUUGUAGCCAGCCCAGAGCCGCCUCAGAGCUCACCCACACCUGCUUUCCCCCUGGCUGCCUCCUAUGACACCAAUGGCCUUACCCAGCCCCCACUUCCUGAGAAACGCCACCUGCCCGGGCCGGGGCAACAGCCAGGACCCUGGGGCCCAGAGCGGGCAUCAUCGCCAGCCAGAGGCAUCAGUCACCAUGUCACCUUCGCACCUCUGCUCUCGGAUAAUGUCCCCCAACCCCCAGAGCCUCCUACACAAGAGAGCCAAAGCAAUGUCAAGUUUGUCCAGGAUACAUCCAAGUUCUGGUACAAGCCACACCUGUCCCGUGACCAAGCCAUUGCCCUGCUGAAGGACAAGGACCCUGGGGCCUUCCUGAUCAGGGACAGUCAUUCAUUCCAAGGAGCUUAUGGGCUGGCCCUCAAGGUGGCCACACCGCCACCCAGUGCCCAGCCCUGGAAAGGGGAUCCCUUGGAACAGCUGGUCCGCCAUUUCCUCAUUGAGACUGGGCCCAAAGGGGUGAAGAUCAAGGGCUGCCCCAGUGAGCCCUACUUUGGCAGCCUGUCCGCCUUGGUCUCCCAGCACUCCAUCUCCCCCAUCUCCCUGCCCUGCUGUCUGCACAUUCCCAGCAAAGAUCCUCUGGAAGAGACCCCAGAGGCUCCAGUGCCCACCAACAUGAGCACAGCAGCAGACCUCCUGCGUCAGGGUGCUGCCUGCAGCGUGCUCUACUUGACCUCAGUGGAGACAGAGUCACUGACAGGCCCCCAAGCCGUGGCCCGGGCCAGCUCUGCAGCUCUGAGCUGCAGCCCCCGCCCAACACCAGCAGUUGUCCACUUCAAGGUGUCCGCCCAGGGCAUUACACUGACGGACAACCAAAGGAAGCUAUUCUUUCGCCGCCAUUAUCCAGUGAACAGCAUCACCUUCUCCAGCACUGACCCUCAAGACCGGAGAUGGACCAACCCAGACGGGACCACCUCCAAGAUCUUUGGUUUCGUGGCCAAGAAGCCGGGAAGCCCCUGGGAGAAUGUGUGUCACCUCUUUGCAGAGCUUGACCCAGAUCAGCCUGCUGGCGCCAUUGUCACCUUCAUCACCAAAGUUCUACUGGGCCAGAGAAAAUGAAGGAAGGCCACAAGCUGAGAGCCCACAUCAACACUGCACCCCUCCCAGCACCCCACAGCCCUCACUUCCCCUGGCCUGGACCCAGGAGACCCAAGAGAAAGCACCCCCCCUUAGGAAUGAGGAGUGGGCAUCAGGCCUGGGACACUGCUCUCCUUCCCCACCCCCAGCUGGCUAAGUUAAGUGGAUGGGCCCAUGAGAUGACCUUGCAUGUGAGCAGAUGGCAGAGAUGGGUGUGUGAGGGGUGAGGAGGCAUCAGCAGUUGAGCCCCAAAGGAGAUCAGGCAGCCCCACCUGCAGGAGAACGUCAGCCCUCCAGGGGAUCAGCCCCUGCCAGUUCCACCCAGCUGCAGGUCCCAGCAUGGCAGGGAUGGGAGAGGGGUGGGGAGCAAGUCACUGCCUCCUCUGAGCAGAGAUUCAGAGUAGGAUCACAUGAAUAGGGGAAAAAAAGAGAGUCUAUUUUUGUCUAAUAAUAAAGAAAUAAAGAAUUUCUAUAAACUUUAGCC